GGAUCUGUCAAUCUCCCUAGAAUCUGUCACUCUUGGGCAUUGUUAUUUAUAUUAUUUCCGUCGUAUCUCAAUUGCAAAUUACUUAUUUAGCAUUAUCUCAUUCUAGUUUUUUGUUAAUAUGAUACAAGUGAUCGUGCUCGGUGCAUGGGCGUUGCAUUUCUCGUAGUGUAUUCCAUAUCCAUUCGGUUCUUAAGCUAUACACAGCAAAUACAGAUCCCCAAGGAUGACAUUGAUAGAAGGCGUGGGAGAUGAAGUGGUCCAAUUCGUGGCCGCGCUGGCGGUCGUGGGGGUCGGCAUGCUGGCCUGGUGGUCGACCAACGCCCGGCCGGACCGCUACCGGACCGUGCUGGUCAUGCGGUCGCGCGCACACCCUGUCACAGUCAGCAUUAGGCCUAGCCCCAGGCCCGCAACAAUCGUAGCAAGUACUGUCGCCACGGUUUCUACGCCAGCAUCUACCUCUGAAACCAAUGCAAGCACAGAGGAGGCGCCUCGGGACAGCUCCAGAGUGAUCCCGCUGCAGGAGAUGGACAGCAUCGUGGACGCCGACAUGGCCAUGAUGGACAACAAUCGCCUGCACUUCUACAGGAGGAUUGACUCUCCCCACACACCGUUGCUAACGCCAGACUCUUCCGGCGACGAAGUAGAAGAGGAGCGAACGCGCGCGGGCGCCGCGCAGAUGCAGGAGAUGGACAGCAUCGUCAGCGCCAUGGAGGCUGACGUCACCGCGCGCGACCUGUUCCCGCCAGCAGCCAACUCAUCCAGGGUCCCAGCCAAAGACGGCUCGAACGGUAAAGACGCUGAGCCCGCCGGCGCGGCCGCCGACGCCGCUACGCCGGACGCCGCCGAUACCGCCGACGCCGACGCCGACGCGGCCGCCAGGAAGAUACUUAUCAAACUCAAAUACCUCAAUGAUACGCUGAAGGAAGUGGAAGGAAGCCUUGACGAGUUACUUAAGGAUUUUAAAUGGAGGCACUUCUCCGUGGAACUGUCAGCGGAGUCCCGCGUUCGACUGAUCUUCAACGGGCGCGUCCUGCUCGACGACGGGCUGACUCUACGCGCGUGCGGCCUGCACGACCGCGCCGUCGUGCACUGCCUCGUGCACCCCAAGCGUGUCGUGCCUGCCCAGACUUUGAGUACAGAGGAGACGGGUACUACCGAGCUGGUGACCGAGGGCACGCCGCCCGAGCGCGCCUGGGACCUGGAGAACAUCCUCAUGACGCUCGUCUCCGUGGCGCUCACCGUGGUCUGGUUCUUCAGGUGCGAGUAUUCGAACAUGUUCACGGCGAGCGCGAGCGUGGCGCUGUUCGGGCUGACGGUGUUCUACAGCGUGGCCAUCUUCGGGCUCUACCUCUCCGACACCUUCCACUUCGAGCGGCGGCCGCAGCCCGUGCCCAACAACUAGACAACUAAACCGUUAGGUCAAAUUCAGGCGGUCAAACACACGACCCCACCGCGACCUUGAAACUUUUCACAUAAGUUUUUUCAGGAUAGUAUGUGGAUGACUUUGGUACGGUACGGUCGUGUGUUAACCUUUAAGAGCUCAUGCUCGACUUUGAUGACUUAUCAGCAGGUAACGUCAAACUUUUAAGAACAGCCAGCGCAGUAGAAAUCACCAGUUAUUUAUAGGAAUCUCAAAGAACUACAAAUGUUGUUUUCAGUGCUAAUUCAGCAUGUACAGUCUCUUGCGGCGUGCGAGCCGAGAUUUGCCUGAAUGGCAAACAAGACACUUAUAUCUGUCGCGUUCACUUGCGUUAAAAGUUCAGUUUCCGGUAGAAUUGUGAUAAAUUAUUACCCAUUGUGAAAGGCUCUUUGAAACAAUUUAGAAACCAACAUCUAUAUUUCAUCAAACCUGUAUCGAAAAUCAAGAGUCGAAGAUCAUUCUAAUCAUAAUUGGAGAAAAGUUUUUUUUUAAUAAUGUCUAUUCUAAUUAAGGAACAGGAUUAUCAUAUAAUACCUGGUACGCGACGUUAGUCACAACGUGUACAAUUUAUUGAUCCAAUGUGCAUUGCCUCUCAGUCUCUACAAAUAUUUAUUACGCAAAAACACAUUGGACCGCGAAAUUGGACAAGUAAAAUACCUGAGGGAUAUAGGUACGCUCAAUCUCAUAAUUUAAACUAUGUACAAUGAGCUGCAAAAGUGCAUGGCGACUUCAUCAACGAAUUCAUUCAUAAUUUCUCCAUGCAAUUUUGCAUCUCACUGUACCUACACGAAAAAAAUAUCGACGUGUAGGCCUGGGAUCAGGAUUUCAAGUACUUUAUUCGCUUGACCACUGCUAUCCGAAUACGGACCGCGGCCGGCCAUUUAGUGACCCCUGGUAUUAGGAAGAGUUACAAAAGGUAGUUUGUCCCAUUUUGCUGAUGGUUUUCAUUAAUAAUCUCUAUUUAUAUCGGAUCGAAAACGACAUAAAAGUAAUUCGUUUUUAUUUUGUUCCUGGGUGAUUUAUUAAAACAGAAAUAUAAAUUUGUUAGUACCUAUCAUGAUAAAUUAUUUUCUUAUUUCUUGUGACGGAUUUUUUUUUUAGAAUAUAAAUGUACAUUUAUCGAAGAGAGAUGUCAUUGUCAUAUUAUUUAUUUGAUUGUAUGUGUUUUUUUGGGAGAGAAUGCUCGCCAGUAUAAUAAUUAUGGCCUCCAACUUAAAAAUUUCAUAAUGGAUCUCGGGGCUUUACUGGCUUUAGAGCUAUUCUUGAUUUAUUUUCAUAUCAUGACUACUUACGCAAAGGUUUUGGUUCUAGGAUUUCGUAUUUAAUAUAAAGUUGAGUACGAGUAGUACGACCUAUUCAAGUCCUUACUACUAAUAGAGCAGGCUCCAAGGGGAUGUUCGUUUGCAAAAAUAGCGCACCUCAUUCUGACUUCAGAUAUAUAUUUUAUAGAUCCAUUAUACACCAUAUAAACACAUCUUGCCAACCAGUUUUGUGGUCCCCUUCCCCGCACCCCAGCAAUCAAAAAUCGCAUACAAAG